AUGCCGUCAAGUGGCGGUAUCCAAAGUACGAAAUAUGCUGUCAAGACCAUCAAGCUCGAAAACAUACUCGUCGAUCCGCGAUCGAGACGAACCAGAAGGACGAACAGCAUGCACGAACACCACUGGGAAUACCAUGAAAGCUCUGAUGAGUACAGCAUGACGCGUAUCCGUAGGGGGGGCGAUGGAUUUCCGCCUUAUGGAGGGGAUUCAUGGUAUCCUUCGGACUGUGGUCAACCACCCGUUAUCAGACUCGAAGGUACACCACCUGCACCUCCGCCUGGACCUGGGGGACCUGGGGCACCCGGAGCACCCGGAGCACCCGGCGGACCCGGCGGACCUGGGGGUUUCGGGGGAUCUCCUGCGCUUCCAGGGCCUGCAGCUUCUGGACCUCCUGCUGUCGCCGCCGCCCCUGCUGCCGGUCCUCUCAUUGCUUCGGUCAACAUCUAUUCUCAAACACCGCAAGCGGCGCCGCCGCCGCCGCCUCCUCCUCCCCCUCCGGCACGCCCUAGCUUCUUCCUCAGGGUUUCAGAGAUCGAGUUCAAUCGGGUUCGCGAGAUCAAGUGCAGGUAUGAGCUGGAGAUUGGCCCCAGUCAUACCAUCCACGAUCUCAUGAGGUUCUUUGAUUACGACCGUUACAACACCGAUAUGUUCGUGGUCUGGAGAGGCAGAAACGGCGGCGGAGAGCCACUGGGCCCCCAUAUGACGCCUGAACAACUGAGGGACAACGCCGCGUACCUCAAGGUGACCUUUAUGCCCAGGUUCCAACCCGCCUAUCUCGGUCGGGCUCGCAUGUGA